UCACCGCGGGCCUUGGUCACAGACGGCGGCGGGAGCAAGCGGGCAGCGGGACCGGCGGCCAAACAGCAGCAACUAUGUCGCGGAUACGGCCCUUAGACAUGAGCAGGAAGCAGUACCAGUUACUGGCCGAUGCUCUGUGCAAGCUCAACAAGCGAUUCAACAGACAUGAGGUGCAGUGUUUGAUGAAAGUCUUCAGUACCCUUGUUGACACUUUUCCCGAGCAACGUAUUACAGUAGGACUUGAUCGAAACAAAUUUAGAAAUGUUCUGCAUACCACAUUUGGAAUGACUGAUGAUAUGAUCAUGGACAGAGUUUUUCGCUCAUUUGACAAAGACAAUGAUGGCUAUAUCAACAUGAAAGAAUGGAUUGAAGGACUUUCAAUAUUCCUCCGGGGGACUUUGGAUGAAAAGAUGAAGUUCUGCUUUGAUGUUUUCGAUCUAAAUGGAGAUGGGUUCAUUUCACGGGAGGAGAUGUUUCAUAUGCUCAAAAGUAGCCUUGUCAAACAGCCAACAGAAGAAGAUCCCGAUGAAGGAGUAAAAGACUUGGUAGAGAUAGCACUGAAAAAAUUGGACCACGAUCGCGAUAACAAAGUUGCAUAUGCAGACUUUGAGAAGGCAGUGAAAGAUGAUAACCUCUUAUUAGAAGCCUUUGGACCCUGUCUUCCAGAUCCAAGGAGUGCACUCGCUUUUGAGGAACAGGCCUUCAAGAAAUCCAAGGAUGAUUAAUUGAUUUUGAUGCUUCAGAUUGCUUCUCCAUGGUGUUCAUAACGGCUAAAUGAACUCGCCGUUCAUAAUCAGUAGCUCAUUCCCAAAUGAAUGUGAUACACUGAGUAUUAGUUAAGUGAUUUACCCACUUAUCGACUUUAGAAAAUAUUCUUUCUGUCAUAUCAACACGAUAACAGCACUCACCUUUAUAUUAAUUAGAAAAAUGAAUGGUACAGAAAUGCAAACACCUACUGUAAACUUAAAUUUUACAAAAAUACCUAAGGUUCGGUUUAAAACAAGUACUCCAGAUCGCAAAAUAAAUUUGUGCUGCCUGUUAUUCAUUUUUCUUCUUUAAAAAUUUGAUGAAGUAAAAUGCAAGUGACAUUGAUGGGAAGGAGCAUUUUAUUUUCAUAAGACAAUUUGUACGAUACUUGCAGGACAUUCCUGAUUGCUAGAUUUUAUUUUACAAUUUUAAAAAGGAUGGAAGUAUGUUUUUAUACGUUUAAAGAAACAAUGUACAUUUAUAAAUAUUCAAAAUUAAGACAACAUACUGCAACAUUGUAUACUCUCCCCAAUGCUUAUUUUUGCUGAUAUUGUAUGUAUAAUUAAGUGAUAGUGUAAACUGAAUACAUUGAAUGAACAAUGUUAAUGUUUCUGUUAAUUUAAUUAGCUUUAUUUUGUUGACAUGGAUAAAUGCACAUUCAAAAACUUUUAUUUAAAUUGAAUUCACACCUAAAGAAAGCGGCUACCGAUUUAAUUGCACAUGCUAAUUUCAUCCUAAUAGUCUUAUUUCUACCCCUCCAACCAAGACAGUAUUACAAUGACAGUUAUUUCUGCAACUGCUGUGGUAGCUACCUGGCUGGAACUGGGAUUUUCAACGUUGCCAUCAUGGUUUCCAUUAAUCAGUUAUAAAUUCGGCAACAUGAUUUUCGUUUACUGUGAAUAAAAGAGGAAGAGGGAAGUCUAUAUUAAUCAAAUUAUUCUGAGACUCUGGAGAAAUACCUCCUUUAUGGUGAUUUGAGAAUGCUUAAUCCUGGGCAACAAAGUGGAUACAAACUUAUAUAGUCUGCUUACAUUGCAGAAUCAUCUUUGGGUAUAGCAUAGUUUAUACCUUGAACAGUUGUAGUCUCAGUUUAACAAUUAAAAUGAAACAAAGUGCUAUUCGUAGCCUCCUUGCUUUUCUAAUUCAUUCAGAGGUCUCUCUUGGUUAGAAAACCCCAAGACUAAUGGUCGGGCAGUUGCAAGCUUACAACUUCUGACGAAAAUUCCUGCAAUUUCUCUUUGCCUUGCAUUCAGUUUAAGUUUAUCAAAAAUUAGGAAUACAUUUAGUUUAGAAGCUUUUGUGGUAGUUCUUGCUAAAUUUUGUUAAUUGCAGUCCACAUUUUUAAUCAAUAAAGAAAAGAAAAUGCACAAUA